UUGCGCUCCAGGCAGCGGCCCCACCCCUUGCUUUUUCCAACUCAGCGCUGCUGGAGACGGAACUGUCGUGCGUAUGCCUUUUAUGCCGUCCUCGCUUUCCGGCCGCUGUUUCCACACCGCUCUCUCCUUCCCUCCUCCCUUGUCUCCCUUGCGGCUUACUUUGCGGCAGCACCGACAGCCCCACCCCCUUUCUCUGCGGAAUCACCAUGGCGGCUGGGACCCUGUACACAUACCCUGAAAACUGGAGGGCCUUCAAGGCCCUCAUUGCUGCUCAGUACAGCGGGGCUCAGGUCCGCGUGCUCUCCGCACCACCCCACUUCCACUUUGGCCAAACCAACCGCACCCCUGAAUUUCUCCGAAAAUUUCCUGCCGGCAAGGUUCCAGCAUUUGAGGGUGAUGAUGGAUUCUGUGUGUUUGAGAGUAAUGCCAUCGCCUAUUAUGUAAGCAAUGAGGAGCUGCGGGGAAGUACGCCUGAGGCUGCAGCUCAGGUGGUGCAGUGGGUGAGCUUUGCUGACAGUGACAUCGUCCCUCCAGCUAGCACCUGGGUGUUCCCCACCUUGGGCAUUAUGCACCACAACAAACAGGCCACUGAAAAUGCAAAAGAGGAGGUGAAGCGAAUCCUGGGGCUGCUGGACACUCACUUGAAGACACGGACUUUUCUGGUGGGUGAGCGAGUGACACUGGCUGAUAUCACAGUUGUCUGCACCCUGUUGUGGCUCUAUAAACAGGUCUUAGAGCCUUCUUUUCGCCAGGCCUUCCCCAAUACCAACCGAUGGUUCCUUACCUGCAUUAACCAGCCCCAGUUCAGGGCUAUCUUGGGGGAGGUGAAGCUGUGUGAGAAGAUGGCCCAGUUUGAUGCUAAGAAGUUUGCAGAGAGCCAGCCUAAAAAGGAUACCCCAAGGAAAGAAAAGGGUUCACGAGAAGAGAAACAGAAGCCCCAGGCUGAGCGGAAAGAGGAAAAAAAGGCAGCUGCCCCAGCUCCUGAGGAAGAGAUGGAUGAGUGUGAGCAGGCAUUGGCUGCUGAGCCCAAGGCCAAGGACCCUUUCGCUCACCUGCCCAAGAGUACCUUUGUGUUGGAUGAGUUUAAGCGUAAGUACUCCAAUGAGGACACCCUCUCUGUGGCACUGCCAUAUUUUUGGGAGCACUUUGAUAAAGAUGGCUGGUCCCUGUGGUAUGCUGAGUACCGCUUCCCUGAAGAGCUCACCCAGACCUUCAUGAGUUGCAACCUCAUCACUGGAAUGUUCCAGCGAUUGGACAAACUGAGGAAGAAUGCCUUUGCUAGUGUUAUUCUCUUUGGAACCAACAAUAGCAGUUCCAUUUCUGGCGUAUGGGUCUUCCGAGGCCAAGAGCUUGCUUUUCCGCUGAGUCCAGAUUGGCAGGUGGACUAUGAGUCGUAUACAUGGCGGAAACUGGAUCCUGGUAGUGAGGAGACCCAGACCCUUGUUCGAGAGUACUUUUCCUGGGAGGGGGCCUUCCAGCACGUGGGCAAAGCCUUCAAUCAAGGCAAGAUCUUCAAGUGAACAUGUCUUGCCAGUCGCCUAGCUGCCUGCACCUACCCUUCAAGGGAGAUGGGGGUCAUUAAAGGAAACUGAACAUUGA